UUGGAACUGUUGUUGUGGUUGUCGUCGUCUUCUACUUGGUAUUCAGCAUAUCACCAGUCAUCACCAUCACCAUCUCUGUGUGCUCUGCCAUCUUUGCCAUCGAUCCUUCCACCAACAGGGACUCGGGACGGAAGCCGCGUCUCCGCCUUGUUUGGCCAAGUACUGGACCUACCUACUUGGGAGCCUAGGUACUUUCCCCCCCAAUUACCUAAGGACAGUACAGACGGCAGCGAAACACGCUGUAACUUAGGCAGCCAUUCUACUCUCACGCCCUCACACGCUCGUUUUUUCUACUCUUCUCGGACCUUGCUCCGCUAUUUUGGCCUCGUCUUCUCUCUACACUUGAGCCCGCCGCCCCUCGCUCGCUCGCUCGCCCGCUGUGUCAGGUCUCGGCAAGCCGCCCGCUCGCAUGCGCCUCACCUCGCCUUCUCCACCACUGCCACCACCACCACCCCUCCGACUGCCAUAGUCACGACUCACACACGCACACGCACGCACUCGCAACCCACAACCCUCAAUCUACUCUCCUCGCCCUCGGCACCACAUCCGUCGUCGCCGCCGCCGCCAUCACCCCACCUGUUUCCCAACGGCUGCUGUGACCUGCUCACCCUGCCUGCGUGCUAAUCCGCCUGCCCACAGACGUCACCGCUAGCCUGCCCUGCCGCCUUGCCCUCCUGCUGCUAGCACUGGCCCGCCUCGAGCUCGUGGAUCCAGAGUCACCCACGCACCCUACUACUUCGCCAUCACGAGGGCUCUACCAGACUUGCAACCCGUUCCGCCUUUCGCUCCUCAGUGCGCUGUCUGUGUGGACUGAGGAACCGCGGAAGAGUCGGUCAGCAUUCUUCGGCUGACGGCAGUCAUCCACUGUGUUGGAUCCUGCCCGUGCAACUCAUUCCUCCACCCGCCUUUUUCUUUCUUCCUUUCUUUCGACGACUUUUUGGUCCAACUGCCUCUUGUCACCCACCACCCAUUUGCACUGCACCCUCUGCGCACCCCACCUUACCGCCUCGCUCCUUCUGCGUCGUGACUCCCCGACUCGGUUCAACACCUCGACGUUGAAGGGCCAAAAUUACUACUUGAUAUAGAUGCAGCCACUCUCAUACCCAGACGCGCCUACAUCGGCUCCUCAACCCCAAAUGUCGUCCCCCGCGCCUCUCCUUCGCCCGCCAAUUCCAGGCGCCCGCUCGCAAAGCGGCCCUCGCACCCCCCGACUCGGCUUAUCCAUACCUCCUUCACCACACGCGAGGCCUGUCGUCAAUGGGGUGAGCGAAGUACCCUCGCUGGGACGUCCCACCCCUCCCCAGCUACGUCUCGCGACACCCAUGGGGACCACUGGCCACAUCCCUCACGAGGGUCGUCCUCAGCCCAAAGGCCUGCCUCCACUACAGAUAGGAACAGGGCUGUCGGCCAGCGACCGCUCAAGCGAUACGAGCGCACAUUCGAGAUCGGGCAGCUUUGGUGAGGUACAAGCAAACGGGUCGGCAUCAUCGUACUCGGCUCUCUCGUUCCCUGGCCUGCAGAGACCUCACCAGGGAUCCGAUCCCAUAUCUGCAAUAUCACAGGGCAACAGCGACGGCGCCUCAGCCAUGGAAAGAGAGAGCAGCAGCCAACCACUUCCCGAUUUGGAGCAGAUGGCAGAGAAGAAGGGCUCUCCUCUAGAUGUGGAAGAUCUUGAUGACUCGGGUUGGAAAGCGGCAUCCGCAAAGGGUAUGAUUGAGGAAAAGGGAAGCUUGGGAGAAGGCGCCGGAGGUGCCGUGACGAAGUGCAUCUUGAAAGGCGGCAAAACAGUGUUUGCUUUGAAGAUCAUUACGACAAACCCCGAUCCGGAUGUCAAAAAGCAGAUUGUGCGUGAGCUGUCCUUCAACAAGAACUGCGCCAGCGACCACAUCUGCUGCUAUUACGGUGCUUUCAUGGACGACAGCACCGGCACCAUCAGCAUUGCCAUGGAGUUUUGCGAAGGUGGCUCUCUAGAUUCGGUCUACCGCGAGGUCAAGAAGCUGGGAGGCCGAACCGGAGAGAAAGUACUCGGUAAAGUGGCAGAGGGGGUUCUCAAUGGCCUCACCUACCUCCACUCUCAUCGCAUCAUCCAUCGCGACAUCAAGCCCAGCAACAUCUUGCUCUGUCGGAAUGGACAAGUGAAGCUUUGCGAUUUCGGCGUUUCUGGAGAAUUCGGAACCAAGGGAGAUGCCAACACUUUCAUUGGAACAUCGUACUACAUGGCACCCGAGCGUAUCACUGGACAGAGCUAUACUAUUACCAGCGAUGUGUGGAGCUUGGGUGUGACCCUCCUCGAAGUUGCACAACACCGCUUCCCCUUCCCCGCAGAUGGCACAGAAAUGAACCCUCGCGCCGGUCUCAUUGACCUGCUGACCUACAUUGUCCGACAACAAAUCCCGAGACUUAAGGACGAGCCCGAGAAUGGCAUUCGAUGGUCGGAGAACUUCAAGUACUUUAUUGAAUGCUGCCUCGAGAAAGAGCCGCCACGUCGAGCCACGCCCUGGCGCAUGAUCGAACACCCCUGGAUGAUUGAGAUGAAGACGAAGAAGGUCAACAUGGGCCACUUCCUCAAGCAAGUAUGGGACUGGAAGGAUUAGGGCGUUCGUCAAUCUGAGAGUAUUCGAUUCAACGAGCGUCUAUUCUAUGCGUCAAUUGUUUCAUCUUCUUCCAAUCCAACCUC